AUGGAUCCAAGUGCACAUUGGAAAGAACUUAAUAGAAAGUAUUACAAAUUUCAUCAAUUCAAUACUAUCACAGGCGAGCAGAAGAGUCUUGACUUUUUCUAUUAACGUAUAGCUGUAUCCAAAUGGGGUGGUCCUUUAGCUGCUACUAAAAAUUAUAAUCAGGUUAUCCUCAUGCGUACAGAUGACCUGCUAAAAGAUUCAAUUGUGUUCUUCUCCAACAAUGGCAAGAUCAUUUCCAAAGCGUAAUAUAAAGAAAUCGAUAGAGUAUAACAAUUAAAUUAUGUAGAUUGCAUUAUUUGAUUUUCUUGAAGAUGAACAAUUAUUACUACUUAAAGCAAACGGUUCAUAUUAUAUAGUCGAUCCCUUCAAAGGUACAAAAAAGACUUAUGAUCUGAUGGAUCAAUUUAAACAAUAAUAAAUCCUCAAAGGUCUAAUUGUUAACAAUGGAUUUGUAUUGAUGACUACAAAUUUUGAAUUCUUCUAUAUACCUAAUGCGUAUGAACCAUAAGUUCAUAAAAUGAAACCAUCUAAUCUCACCUAAGAACCUGAAAAUUGGUAAGUUAUUCCACCUCAAAAGACUUAGAGUGGAAAGGUGGAACUCUUGAUUGCUAAUCCUGAUGGUGGAAUUAUUCAUAUAAUUGAAGAUGAAAAAUGGAAGAUUUAUUACAAUAAAGAUAAAAUAGUUAAUGAGAUCGAUAAGAAACUACCUGAUCUCAGAAACAUCAAAAUGAUCAGCUUAUCAUCAAAUUACAAAAACUUAGCAUUGCUCUAAUACAUUAAUUAGAGAUGGGUUGUGACAUUCAUUUCUGAUUUCUUUGAUUCUACAGAUUGUAAAUAAAUACCAAUUGAUCUCAAAGAAGAGGAUGUGAAAAAAGAAGAAAGUGCAGAAAAAGAUAUAAGUAAAAUUGAAAGACCAAGAAGAAUGCUUUGGUGUGGUGAUGAUUGUGUUGCUCUUCAAUUGCAAUAAUACCUAGUCUUAGUUUCUUAGGACUCGUACAUUAAAGUCAAAAUGAGCAAUCCUCAUUUUGCACUUAAGUAGGAAGUUGAUGGAAUUAGAAUUUUGACUUAAAAGAAAAAUGAGAUUUUGCGUAAAUUACCUGAAGCUUACGUUAAUGUAUUCUUACCACUAUCCAUCAAACCAGGUGCUUAAUUGCAUUCUGCAUAUGAGUCAUUUGAAUAAAAAAAUCCUAUUGAAGAUGAUGAAUUAAGAUCCAAAAAAACAGAACUUGGAGAAGCAGUUAAUGAUUGCAUUAAAAGUGGAUAAUUUGAAAUUAAUCCUGAAUAUUAAAUGAAAUUAUUAAAAGCAGCUAGUUAUGGUAAAACAUUUUUAGGAAACUAAUUGAUUGAUCCAAACCUCCUAAAUGAAACUUGUAAAUAUCUAAGAGUGUCAAAUGCUUUACGUAGAAAUGGAAGUGUAGGCGGUAGAGUUGUUACAUAUGAACAAGUUUUGUAAUUGAUAAAGAAUCCAGAUCUAUUUAUCACUCUUAUGCUCAGAUACAAUUUACAUUAUUUGGCUAUUGAAAUUUCACGAUUCCUUAAAUUCUAAAUUAAGUAAAAAUCUACAAUUUAUACUCAUUGGGCAUGUUGUAAAGUGGAUAGCUAAAUGGACGAUGAUUAACUAUGUUAGAUCAUAAAAGAGAAGAUUAAGGAAGAAAAGGGAGUAUCCUUUACUUAGAUUGCAUAGAAAUCAAUAGAAAUAGGCAAAUCUUAAUUGGCAUUAAAACUUUUAGACAACGAAUAAAGUUUAUCUAAACGUAUUCCAGUCCUAAUAUGGAUGGCUAAUUAUUAACAAGGCAACAACAAUUCAUAUUAUGAGAAAGCUUUAAUUGAUGCAAUUGCCUCAAAGGAUUCAAAUCUGAUUUAUCUUGUUAUAAUGAAGUUUUUGAAAACAGACAUGGAUGAAACCUAUAAAUUUGGUAUUCUAUCAUAAAAUCCUGUUGCCCAAGCUCAUUUAAUAUAUUACCUUCGAAAUUUUGAUGAUAAAUACUUAUAGAAAUAUUUAUAGUAUUUAAAAAAAUAUGAUGAAUGUGGUCUAUUAGCCAUUAAUUAAGCAUAUCAAUAAAGUAAUUUAGGAGAGAAAAUCAGAUUUUUGGAAUUUGCAUAGAAAUACUUUGAGGAAGAGAGCAAAGAUUCUUUCUAUAGUAAAAUAUUAUAAGAAUAAAUACGAACACUGACUGAUUUGAAAUAGGAAGUUGAAAGAGAGAAAAAGGAGAAGAAUAAAGCCAUAAUGGAAGAAAGACCUUUGAAUUCAAUUAUGGAAGCAUUUUUAUCUAAAGAUAAUAUUCAAUUAGCCUAAGAUUUUGCCAAGACAUACAAAAUUCCAGAAAGAAGGUAAUUGUUAUCACUAAAUAUCAAAUUAGAUUUAAUAUAACUAGAGUGAAAGCAUUAAUUAAUAAUAAGAAUUGGGAAGAACUGGAAAGAUUUAUUAAUGAAAAGAACAAAAAGAAUGUAUCCAUCCCCUAUGAAUUAGUUGCAGAUAUGUUGAUCAAAGCAGAUCAAGAAGAAAGAGGUCUACAAAUGAUAAUGAAGAUGCCAGAUCCAGAAGUAAAUAAGAAGUUAUAUGAUAUAGGAAUCUUGCUAUAUGUUAUUAAAAAUUGGAUAAUAACGUCAUGCUGUUCAAGUAGCCAUUAACAAUAAGAAGUCACAAUUGAUACAAGAUAUCAGAGGAUCGAUAAAUGAUAAUUAAGCUAGAGCAUAACUUGAAAUGUACUUAAGUUAAAAUCAAAAAUGAUGUAAAAGGUUAUGUAUUAAAAAGAG